UAGUGUCGCUGCCACAUCAACUCCAAAGGCAAUACAAAAAUACUUGCUAGAAAGUUUCGCCUCACAGUUCACAGGCGGGACUGGAGCCGAAUCUGCAGCGCAGCGCUACAAAGAAAUUACACAAAAUGCAUUGAAUACAGAAUUUGAGCGCUCACAGCGAUCGGCAGCUGCAGCGGGGAUUGGCAGCAAUAAUAGUAGCAUCAAUAAAUCAUACAGCCAGAUAUUGAGCAACAGCAAUGGCGAUCUCAGCGAUCACAUUGCCUACUUAGAAUAUAAGCGGGCUGGCGAGUAUUGGAACACUACACCAAAAACAGAUUACACAUACUCCGAGCACUCGUCAUUUCGCCGCGAAUUAGCCCCCGGCAUUGUGGCCAUGCCGAACAUGUCGCGCAACGGUUUAAAAAAUCAUAACGAACGUAUCAACUAUAUGAUCGAACGUGAUCCCGCGCAAGAGGAAUUCAUCCGCCGGCGAUAUGAAUCGUCGCGGUAUACGCAAAACCGUAGAGCCGCUGAGAAACUAACAUAUGAAUCGGGCGAUGAAGUUGAUCAACUGGAUAGCUACCGCAAACGGCAAUAUCAGAGGUAUUUGCAGGAGCAGCAAGAAUCAUGGUAUGUGCGGAUGAUUACGACUAUCGUAACCACAAUCACCAGCGCGUGGACAUCUUUAACUGGUGCUGGUAGCGGCGAAAGAAGCGGUGCUUUAGGCUAUGACAAUACCGCUUUGUAUAGAACUAAGUAUGGACAGGUGGAGCGAGGUUUUUUCGGCUCUAUUACACACGCCAUAUCAUCAUCCAUAUCUCGGUUAUUUCGUUAUAUAUAUCUAAUAAUUUCAUCUGUAUUGUGUUUGGAUACUUGGCUACUACAAUCAUCGAACGCCGAUGGCAGAGGAAAAAAACGUUUUCUAUUGCUUUUGUUAAUCUUGUUGCCAUUGUUGCUGUUGGGUGCUUGGUGGUUGCUUGGCCAGGAUGACCGCGCAUACUUCCUUCAACGCACUCAGUCAUUAGUGCCGCUUUCAUUACUCGCUGGUUGGCAGAGUGCGCUUUAUGCCACGGGCAGCUCGCUGAAAGGCUACUUCCUGCAAUUACCCGAUAACGUGAAAACGUCAUUCAAUCAGUACUACACAAGCUACUUAGGUGCAGCAGGGAGUGGCGGAGGCGAUGCACACCUGCAUAUCCACAACAUCGAACAACGGCUGCAAAAGGCGCUUACUGCUGAGGAGUAUGAGAAUAUAUUAAACCAUGUUAACAGUUAUGUGCAACAGCUGAUCGAUUUGAAGUUGACGAAGCAGCAGAGCGAACAGUCGGCACGCGCAGAGCAGUUGAGCCCAGCGCAAAUACAGUUGAUUGUCCAGCUGAUGCGGGAGAAUUUGCAGCGAAUAGCAUUGGAAAAGCAGCAGGGAAAAACUGCUGUAAAUCUGGGUGAGUUGAGUGAGGACGAUGUACUGCGGUUAGCUGACCUGGUGAGUGCAAAGCUGGCGCAGCGGCCGGUUCCACUGUCUAGUGAAAACUUGUCGGAAAUAAAACGCCUAAUUACUGAGCAUUUGGAACUGCACGAGCACAAGUAUUAUACGCUGCUGGUGGAGCGUAUUGAUUUGGAUGCGUUGUUGUUGCGUAUCUUAAGUGCGCCGCAGCUGGCUAAGUACGUGGAUGCUCGUAUCGCUGCGGCAUUCGAGAGCAAACAUUGGCAGGCUGUAGGGACAGAGAAGCUGCGCGAAGGAUCGGGUUACAGUGAGCACUACACGGUGCAGCAGCGACUCAUCGAUGAACUCAACAACGAAAUCGCUUUCAUAAAGCUGGCGCUCUCCGACAAGUUGUCCGAGAAUGAAGGGCUGCAUCAGUCGAUAAGUAAAUUGAAAGUGACGCAGGAUGAUUUGCUGAAGCGCAUGCAGGAACAUGAGCUCGCUACAGAUAAGCGAUUUAGUGGUUUGCUAGCUGAGAUUGAAAUCAAGCUGGCUGCGCUCAAGGAUGAUCACUUCAGGUUGCUCAAUCAGCAGAUCAAGCUGUCGCUGGUGGAGAUACUCGGCUUCAAAGAGAGAACACCAGCAGGUGCCAAUUUGGAGGAUAUCGACUUGCAAAAUUGGGUGCGUAACAUGUUUGUGGCUAAAGAUUAUCUCGAGGAGCGGCUGAUGGCGAUCAAUAAGGGCACCGACAACAAGAUACGUGAAGAAAUCGAUCGUUCCGGCAUGCUGCUGAUGCGCGAUAUUAGCGAGCGUUUAAAGCGUGAAAUACUGAUUGCGGUCGAGGCGAAACAUAAUGAGAGUGCAACAGCGUUGAAGGGUCAAAUCAAUACGGCUUUGUCCGAAGAGGAGGUGCAAAAGAUUGUCAAAUCGGUGCUGGCCAUCUACGAUGCCGACAAGACUGGAUUGGUGGAUUUUGCCCUGGAGUCUGCGGGCGGACAAAUACUUUCGACGCGGUGUACUGAAAGCUUUCAGCCCAAGUCAGCGCAGAUAUCCAUAUUCGGCAUACCGCUGUGGUAUCCAACCAAUACGCCACGCAUAGCCAUCUCGCCGCAGGUACAACCCGGUGAAUGCUGGGCAUUCCAAGGCUUUCCGGGAUUUCUGGUUUUGAAGCUCAAUUCAAUGGUAUAUGUGACUGGAUUCACUUUAGAACACAUACCGCGUUCGCUUUCGCCAAACGGACGCAUUGAUUCUGCGCCUAGAAAUUUUACAGUUUGGGGUCUCGAACAUGAAAAGGACUACGAGCCAGUGCUCUUCGGUGAGUAUGAAUACGUUGAUAAUGACGCCUCUUUGCAAUACUUUCCAGUGAAAAACAAAGAUAUCAAACGGCCAUAUGAAAUUGUGGAGCUGCGCAUCGAGUCAAAUCACGGACAUGCGCAGUACACUUGCCUAUAUCGUUUCCGUGUGCAUGGCAAGCCACCGGCGGCGUAAUUCAACAGGCCACAAACAACACAAAGUGUUUAUUUAGCUUUCUAAUAUGCAUAAGUUUACAGUAAUAAAUAGUAUACCGUCAAACUAAUAAUAAUAAGAACUAUGUACAUACAUACCUACAAUUGCAAACUACUAAGUGUAAACUUUGUGCCUUAAAAGUAUUCAGAAAAAACUAAAUGAAAGAGCACAGUUGCAGAGUUUGGAAUUGCAGGCCUUAGCUAACCUCAAACACCUACUAACAUAAGUUACUAACAAUUAACUGAAUUUAGAUGUAAAAAAAAUUUGUAAAUAAAAUGAAUUGCUGCCACAGUGAAGAAUAUAAAAUAUAGUAUAGUAAGUAAUAUGUGUAGAUAAGCGAAAUGGUUUCCUACGUUACUUCAUAACUUGAAUUUAUGUAUACACAAAAAGAGGCAAAGUAGUUUAAGAGUUUUUUAAAUACUUAUUAUAUUUCGUUAUUUAGCUGUAGUUUUAAGUUACACUAUUAAUUAAUAUCAUUUAAUACACUGAAGUGCAUGUACAUAUUUAUAUAUUUAAAAAUUUAGACAUAAGACAUUUUUAAGAGUCAAUACCGCCAUACAAACCGCAAACAAAACUAAAUAUUUACAUAUCCAAAACUUGUUAAAAACUUGUGUACAUUAAUUAGCACUAAGCUUGCCAAUGAUUACUAAUUAAAUUUACUUAAAUAUAUGUUAGUACUUACGUACCAAAGGGCGUUGAAAUUGUGUGCUAAAAUCAGUUAUUUGCGUCAGUCCUUAUUUAGAACUUGAAUGGUAUUAACUUGGCUUUCAGGGGUUCUUUUCUACACACCUAAACAUCGAACGUGUUAACAAUAAAUAAAAACGUUUAUACAUAUAUUUAUAUAUUUAUACAAUAUUCAGUAAGAUAUGUAAAUACCAAUUUUUAUGUAAUUGGUUAUCUUCUAGCUACUAUUAUAGUUUGUCUUAUAAAUUAUGCUGAGUUUCGAGCAGGUAUUGGAAUUACGAAAAUUAACUGCAAAUCAAACCUAAAAUGGUGUAUGUAUUUAAAUUUCAGAAUUUUAUAAUUAGUUCAUGUAAAAAAUAAAAUACGUUGCGAAUAGAAAAUUAGUGCCGUAAUAUUUUCCUAAUAAAUAAGAAAUGAAAUGAAUAAUGUAAAAAAUUCCGUUGCGAAAGCGAUGGGCACUCAUUCAAUAUACCUGAAAAAGAACAUAACCUUGGUCAUUGGUCGUCGCUUUUUACCUACUCUAAACCUAAUGUA